UUCAUUUGAACCCAUCAAACACAAACUUGUGCCUACUGCCUUUCACAAGGGUGAAAAAAGAUUGGUAGACCUGUUCAUAUUUCUUGGACGUUGAUGUAGCAAUGCUGUCUGUUGAAAGCCCAAGAUCAAACGGCAAACAUGUUUCGUUCGCGUUAGAUGCUAACGGGUCCUCAAUUGAAAAGAAUGGCUAUAGCGAGCCUUACCCAGUUGCAAACACUAUGGGAGACUUGAUAGUCGACGGGGACGACAAGUUGUUGGAUCAAACCUCGGCAAGAUUAUUUGAAAAAUCCCGUAUAAAAGUACUCCAAGGUGAGCGUGAACGUGUGCAGAAGAAGACGUUCACAAAAUGGGUGAACUCUCACUUGAUCCGUGUCGAUACAAGAGUGAACGAACUCUACCAAGAUUUGAAAGAUGGGCGCAAAUUAAUAACACUUUUGGAAAUCCUCUCUGGGGAAAAGAUUGGUAAACCAGCUAAAGGAAGAAUGAGAAUUCACAUGAUGGAAAAUGUUGAAAAGGCUUUGCAGUUCUUGAAAGCUCAAAAGGUUCAUUUGGAAAACAUUGGUGCCCAGGAUAUUGUUGAUGGAAAUUCCAGGUUAACACUAGGUUUAAUUUGGACAAUAAUCCUUCGUUUCCAGAUUCAAGAUAUCUUUAUUGAAAGUGAUAGUAAGGAAAAAAGAUCUGCGAAAGAUGCUCUGUUGUUGUGGUGCCAGUCAAAAACUUCAGGUUACAGGAAUGUCACUGUUACAAAUUUCACAACAAGUUGGUCAGAUGGUUUGGCUUUCUGUGCAAUCAUUCAUAAACACAGACCUGAUCUUAUCCCGUAUGAAAACCUGACAAAGAGCACUGCCCCAGAGAACUUGCAAUGUGCAUUUGAUGUUGCCGAACGGGAAUUAAAUAUUGCACCCUUGCUUGAUGUGUCAGAUGUGAAUGUGGACUACCCAGACGAGAAGUCGAUAAUGACUUAUGUUGCCUCCUAUUAUCAUUACUUCUCAAAGAUGAAGACUGUUGGUGUUAGUGGUUCUCGCAUUGGCAAGGUGAUUGAGAAGGUCAAUGAAAAUAACAAGUUGAUAACAGAAUAUGAUCUGAACGCUGAUGACCUGAUCAAGUGGAUUAGGGUUACUACAGUGUCAUUACAAGAGCGGGAAUUUGCAAACACUUUAGUCGGUGUUCAACAGCAAAUGAUGGAGUUUAAUCAAUACAGAACACAGGAGAAACCACCAAGAUUUACACAGAAAGGAAAUCUUGAAGUUCAGAUGUUCAUUUUGACAAGCAACCUUCGGGAAAACCAUCAGAAAAUGUACUCUCCUCCUGAAGGAAAAAUGAUCUCGGAUAUUAACAGAGGUUGGGAUGAACUGGAGAAAGCUGAACAUGAACGUGAGGUCGCUCUAAGGGACGAAUUGAUCAGGCAAGAAAAACUGGAGAUGCUGGCUGGGAAAUUCGACAGAAAGGCCUCCAUGAGGACGCAAUGGUUGAAGGAAAACAAACGACUUGUUUCCCAAGACAAUUUCGGCAACGACUUGGCCGCUGUUGAAGCCGCUAUGAAGAAACACGAGGCUAUUGAAUCUGAUAUUCACGCGUACGAGGCUCGGAUCAAUGCUUGCGUGUCUGUGUCUGAGGAACUACAUAAAGAGGAAUACCAUGAUGUACAGAGAAUACUUGUCAAGAAAGACGAGAUUUUGAAAUCAUGGGAAGAGCUGUUAGAACUCGUCGCUGCUCGCCGAGCUCGUCUUGAGAAAGUGAUGAGAUUACAAAAAGUCUUCCAAGAAAUGAUCAAUGCUGUCGACUGGAUGGAUGAUAUAAAGGCAAGCUUGCAGUCGGAAGAUUAUGGUCGCCAUUUGUUGGACGUUGAAGAUCUCCUACAAAAGCAUAGCUUGAUUGAAGCAGACAUCGCCGCUCAGGAAGAUAGAAUCAAAGUUGCGGACGACCAGGCAAACCAGUUUCUUGAAAUGGAACCAGAGGUGGAAGGUGUGGAUAUUGACAAAGAUGAGAUCAGAGAGCAUCAAGCAGAGAUUGAUUCCUCCUACAAGGAACUGUUGAAUCUUGCCCAAGUUCGUCGUUCCAGACUAGAAGAAUCUCUCGCCCUGCAGAUGUUUUAUCGCGAUGUGGACGAAGAGGAAAUCUGGAUAUCAGAGAAGGACACGUUCUUAUCUUCUACAGACUAUGGUCGUGAUCUUAAUACGACAAUGUUGUUACUCAAGAAACACGAGGCCAUGGAGGACGAGAUGACUGGACAUGAGCCCGUAGUUGAGCAAGUGAAAGCAACAGGUCAGCAGAUGGUCGAGAAUGGACACUAUGCCUCAGAUACGAUCACGUCACGUCUCAGUAACCUUGACAACAAGUGGGCAUCAGCACGUGAUACAGCUGCUUACCGUAAAAGGAAGUUACAAGAUAGUUUGAAUCUGCAGCAGUUCAUAGCGGACUACAACGACAUUAUAUCCUGGAUGAACUUGGCAGAGAGAAUGGCCGCUAACGAUGACUAUGGUUACGAUGAAGACAGCGUCCACACUCUUCUCAAGAAACACGAGUUAUUGGAAGAAGAGAUCGAGUCUUACGCAACGCCCAUCCAGUCUCUUCACGAUCAAGUUGAUGAAACUCUCGGAGACGAGGAUAAAACUUCACCUGAGGUUGUUGACCGCUGCAAAACGGUUGAUGAACGUUACGCAAACCUCAAAGAUCUCGCCGCUGAACGAAGAAAGAAACUCCUGGAAGCUUUGGCGCAAUUUCAACUCAACAGAGAAGCGUACAUUAUUGAUACCUGGAUCGCAGAAAGGGAAAAUCGUUUGGACACGGCGCUCAGAGUUGACAGGACAAUGGAUCUGGAGGAAUGCCGUGUCAUUCAGCAGAGAAUUGAUAACUUUACCACGGAAUGCAGUGGUAACGAGGAACGCCUGAGUAAAGUGAAUACAUUGGGGACACAGCUGGUUGACGAGGGACAUCCGAGUGCGGAUGAUAUACAAAAGACGACAGAGAAGGUUAACUCCAGGUGGGUUGAAUUACAAGAGGGCCUGGACGCGAGAAAGAAGGAACUCGAUGAAGCAAUACGUCUUCAAAAGUUCUAUGUUGAAACAACGGAAACAAAAACGUGGAUCCAAGAGAAGAAGAGUGUGUUAGCCACAGUUCAAGAAGUUGAAACUAAAGAUUUAUCAAGUGUGAUCACUGUACAACGAAGGCUCAAUGUGAUACAAAGAGAUCUUGGAGCAUUGGAAGAUAAGGUCGGCGAGUUGAAGAAAGAAGCAGAUGAAUUAUCGGAAAAACAUCCUGAGGAAGCUGAGACGAUUAACGAAAGAAUUGAAGCGGUCACUCAGACAUGGGGCGACUUACAAUCUAGCGUGGAACAACGAGACGAAGAAUUAAAAGAAUCCGGGGAACUUCAACAGUUUGUCAUUGAUCUGGAUGAUUUUCAUCGAUGGUUGCACGAUACGCAACAGGAAUGUGCAAAGGAGGACCUUGCAAACAGUUUACCAGAAGCUGAGAAUAUGUUGAAGGAACAUGAAGAUUUGAAGAAUGAAAUCGACGCUCGCGAGCCGACGUAUGAGAAUCUUGUGAAUGAAGGACCGAAGUGGGUCCAAGAUGAGUCUGAUCUUCAGCAACAAUCCUUGAAGGAACAACUUGACAACAUUGAGAGCGGCUGGAAAGAACUUCAUGAACUGUCCAAUACCAGACAGAACCAACUCAUACAGAGUUUAAAUUAUCAGCUGUUCACGAGGGAUGCAAAGCAAGCUGAUUCUUUACUGGGAAAACAGGAGUUAUUUUUGUCAAAGGACGAGAAUCCAGCCACUGUUGAAGCAGUCAAAGAUGCAAUCAAGAAACACGAGGAAUUCAGCAAGAAACUGGACGCUAAUGAUGAAAAAAUUGAUGCUGUGAUUGAUUUUGCUAACCGUCUUGCAAAUAAUAAUCAUUACGCCUCGGAGAAGAUCCUCGAAAAAGCUCACGACAUUGACGAAAGACGUAAAAACAACCGAGCCACAGCCGACAGCGCACUCGCCCGCUUGAGAGAUCUUCUUGAGCUUAGGGAAUUCAAUCAGGAUGCAGACGAGAUGUAUGAUUGGCUGCUGGAGAAACAUCAAGCCGCCUCGGAAGAGAUCACAGAUUUGAGCAACAUCCGGGGAAAAUAUCAACGUCAUCAAGCAUUUGAAGCCGAACUAGCGGCGAGCAAAGACAAACUGGAUCAAAUCAAAGAGACUGGCACAAACCUGAUGUCCGAUAAACCAGAGACUGAGCCCGAAGUUCAGCCGAGGAUUGAGAAACUUGAUCAAAUGUGGGACGAAGUGGCUGAACUGUGCCAGAACAAGGGCAAGAAGAUUUCAGCCGCUCACAAAGGAGAGGAAUUCAAGACUGAUGUUCAGAAUAUGAGCACUUGGGUUCAGGAAUGUCAGACGUCGGUUAUUACCACUGAGAAAGCGACUGAUAUUAUCACAGCGACAAAACUCUAUCAGAAACAUAAGGCCUUAGAGAAGGAGAUAUUGGCAAAGCGACAGAGACUGCAUGAACUAAGCAAUGAACCAGACAUGGUCGAUGCCGGGAUGAUUGAACCUGAAAUUGUCGCUUCGAAGAAAGAGGAACUGGAGGCCAGUUUUGAUGCGCUGGAAGAACCGCUCAGUACUCGAAGUAAAGAGCUGGAAGAUCAAGUCAAGUUCUACCAAUUCAACCGAGAUGUUGAUGACGAGCUGGAAUGGAUAAGAGAAAAGGAACCUCAGGUGAAAUCAACAAAUUACGGAUCAGAUCUCUUCGAAGUACAACGACUUCAAAAGAAACAUCAGAACUUGCGCGCUGAGAUCGAUAUCCAUCAAGCACAGAAAGAUGCUUUGGUUAAACAAGGUGAAGAUAUGAUUGAGAAUGAACACCCAGAGUCCGAGGUCGUGCGAGAAAGAAUCGAUGAACUUGAACAAAGUUGGGACAACUUGAAAGAUUUAUCCGAUAAGUAUCAAACACAACUCGACGUAUCCGCCCAGGCAAAGCAAUAUUAUUACGAUGUGUCCGAGGCAGAAGCCUGGAUGAGCGAACAAGAGUUGUAUAUGAUGGGAGAUGACCGAGGAAAAGAUGAGCCAAGCGCUGGUCAGCUCAUCAAGAAACACGACACAAUCGAGGCCGCCAUUGCUGACUAUGCUGAGACUGUGAAUGAAUUAGGAGAACGGGCUCGUGGUUUGACUGACAGCGGGCAUCCUGAGAGUGAAACGAUCAACGUACGACAAUCUCAGCUUGAGAAGUUGUAUGCAGGUUUGAAAGAUUUAGCUGAAGAAAGACGUGGCAAGCUUGAUGAGACACAUAAACUUUAUCAACUCAUUCGAGAGGUUGACGACCUUGAACAAUGGAUCGCUGAUCGUGAAGUGAUUGCAAGGUCACAGGAUUGUGGUCAGGAUCUUGAACAGUGCGAGUUGUUAAUACAGAAAUUCGAAGAUUUUAAACAAGACACGACUAAUAUUGGCAAUGAACGACUGGCAAAAACCAACGAGAUUUGUGAUCAGUUGAUUGGCACAGGUCAUUCAGAUGCCGCCACCAUUGCACAACACAAGGAUAAUGUGAAUGAAGCCUGGGCCAACUUACAGGAGCUGAUGAACACGAGAAUACAGUUAUUGGAAGCUGCAAAACAACUCCACAUGUACAACAGCCAUGCUAAAGAAGUUCUUGGGAUGAUUCAGGAGAAGGAAAGUCAGAUGCCUGAAGAUUUGGGCAAAGAUAUAAACGGUGUCGAUCGUUUGAAACGUCUACACGAAACCUUCGAAGCUGACUUGGCGCCUCUGGAAAAACAUGUUAAUUCUGUUCAAGAGGAAUCCGCUGAACUUCAAGGUUCCUACGCGGGCGACAAACAGGAUGAGAUCAAGGAGACCGAACGAGAGGUCGUUGAUGCCUGGAAUCAUUUGACUGGCAAAGUUCGACACAGAACGACGUUGCUCAAUGAUUCUGAUGAAUAUUACAAGUUCUGCAUUGCUGUUCAAGAUCAACUAGGUUGGAUGAAUGAUAUGCAACGACAGAUUUUGACAUACGAUAAAUCUAGAGACGUGCCGGAAACAGAAUCUUUGAUGGAUCUACACAAUCAAAGAAAGAGUGAAAUCGAUGCAAGGGAAGAAGCAUUCUCUUCAGUUGUUCUCAUGGGAAAAACCUUGCUUGCCAGGAAUCACUAUGCUUCUGAAGACAUCCAAGCAAAAUUGGAUAACUUGGACAAAGUGAGAAAGAAGAUGGUAUUGGAAUGGGACAGAAGAUCGGAACAUCUUCAGCUAAUUCUUGAAGUAAUGCAGUUUGCUCGCGAUGCUCAUCAAGCUGAAGGAUGGUUACUUACGCAGGAACCUUACUUGAAAAAAGAUGACGAAAAGAAUGCUGAAAACGAGUCAGAGGUAGACAGGCUCAUUGAGAAACAUCAAAACUUCGAGAAACUUGUCACAAGUCACGAAGAACGCUUCAAAGCCUUGGAACGUUUAACAGCGUUUGAGCUACGAGAAGCUAGACGUCGUCAACAAGAGGAACAAGAAAAGGAACGAGAGGAACUGGCGAAGAAAGAGGAAGAAGAGAGACGACAGCGGGAGGAAGAAGAAAAAAGAAAAAGAGAAGAGGAAGCUGAAGCUGAAAGAAAAAGAUUGGAAGAAGAAGAAGCGCGAAAGAAGAAGGAAAAAGAGGAGGAAGAAGCGAGGAAAAGAGCCUCUGCGAUUGAAAAUGGCGAACAUGAUGAAGAGCGGCAAGAAGAAUUCAAAAUGGCCGGAGAAAAUGUUCAUCACGAUAGCAAAAAUGAAGGAUAUUUGAUCAGAAAGCAUACAAUGGACAGUCCACACAAGAAAGCUUCAAACAGACGGUGGAAACAGUUUUAUGUUGUUCUAAAGGACAGUUCGCUUCAUUUCUUCGAUGACCAAAAAGAUGCCGGGCAGAUCAACGAAGCCUUGUAUUUAUUAUCGACAAGAGGAUCAAGAACAGAGGUUGCUGACGAUUACCAUAAACGAAAGAACGUCUUCAGAUUAAAAAUGGAGAAUGGAAACGAAUAUUUAUUCCAAGCUAAAGAUGCCAACGACAUGGCGCAGUGGAUUCAAUAUUUGCGAGAAGGCUCAAGCGGCGAGGGCCCCGAAAUGCCAAAAAAAGAGAAAAAACGGAGUUUAUUCAAACGAAAGAAGUAACAGGUACCUACUUGGGGGAUAUUUAAUGUAUAUGGGACUUCUCUCUCGUGUCACUUGUGAAUAUUACGUGUGCAAAGUCUGUUAAGAUAUGGAUUGUAGGCAGAACAUUAUCGUGGUAUGGCAAUGUUAUUAAUAUGUACACCUUUCACUUGGUGAUAUUUUGUUGUUAAUGUACUAAUAGUUAGGCACCCUUGUUAUUGGGUUAUUAGUGGAGAUAAUAAAAUAUUGAAAAUGAA